CUGAGGCUUGCGUUAGCCCUUUUGGCCACAGCCUUGCGUGGGGAAUUCAUGUCGAACUGAUUGCCUCCCAGGACCCCCGGUCUCAUAUUCAGUCUCUGCUUCGGAGGAUAGAGUCCUCUCUCUCCCUCUCAUCCUGAUUUUAGAUAAUGGGCUGUGUGCAAUGUAAGGAUAAAGAAGCAACAAAACUGACUGACGAGAGGGAUGGCAGUUUAACUCAAAGCUCAGGCUACCGCUAUGGGACAGAUCCUACUCCGCAGCACUAUCCUAGCUUUGGUGUGACUUCAAUCCCAAACUACAACAACUUCCAUGCCACAGGAGGCCAAGGACUGACUGUGUUUGGUGGAGUCAAUUCCUCCUCUCAUACAGGGACACUGCGUACCAGAGGAGGAACAGGUGUAACUCUUUUUGUGGCGCUUUAUGACUAUGAAGCAAGAACAGAAGAUGACUUGAGUUUUCACAAAGGAGAAAAAUUUCAAAUACUUAACAGCUCGGAAGGAGACUGGUGGGAGGCCCGGUCCUUGACAACAGGAGAAACUGGUUACAUUCCCAGUAAUUAUGUGGCUCCAGUCGAUUCCAUCCAAGCAGAGGAGUGGUACUUCGGCAAACUUGGCCGAAAAGAUGCUGAGAGGCAGCUGUUGUCAUUUGGAAACCCCAGAGGUACCUUCCUGAUCCGGGAAAGUGAAACUACCAAAGGUGCCUAUUCCCUGUCUAUUCGAGACUGGGAUGAUAUGAAAGGAGAUCAUGUCAAACAUUAUAAGAUUCGUAAACUUGACAAUGGCGGAUAUUAUAUCACAACUCGGGCACAAUUCGAAACUCUUCAGCAGCUGGUUCAGCAUUAUUCAGAGAAAGCUGAUGGUUUGUGUUUUAACUUAACUGUGAUUGCUACGAAUAAUACCCCACAAACUGUUGGAUUGGCUAAAGAUGCAUGGGAAGUUGCACGUGAUUCAUUGUUUCUGGAACAGAAGCUUGGUCAGGGGUGUUUCGCUGAAGUGUGGCGUGGUACGUGGAAUGGAAAUACUAAAGUGGCUAUCAAGACCCUGAAGCCUGGCACUAUGUCUCCAGAAUCCUUCUUAGAGGAAGCUCAAAUCAUGAAGAAGCUAAAACAUGACAAACUGGUCCAACUUUAUGCUGUGGUAUCUGAAGAACCUAUCUAUAUUGUCACGGAGUACAUGAGCAAAGGUGAAGCCAGAGCUGCUGCUCUUGAUAACAAUAUUUUUUCUUUGUUGAUGCUCCUUGGGAAUAUGAUUCAUAGAUUCAUAGAUUUCUAG